CUUUAUAUUAGCUUCCUGAUGCGUGCUAAUUUUUGUUUUCUUUCCGCAAAAAAUGUUUUCAUUUAAGGAGUUUAAAAUUUAAUACUGAUUAUCUGGGAUAAAUGAUAUUGGCAUUUGUACUAGUCAUCCUAUUUAGUUAUUCUCUAAUUCAAAAAUAAAAAUAAAUUGCUUCAUUGAGUUCUCAAAAUAAAUUAAUUAUACUUGUAGUUUUUAUUUUCGAGAUUCUUCUGUCUACUUUUUACUCUUCAUACAGAUCAGUUAAAGAAUUUUUGAUCAUGAAUCCAUCUGCUGCAAGAAGAGCUAGUGGUCCUAGGAGGCAAAAAGGGUAUAGACCUAAUAAUCCUGCAGAUUAUCAGUAUGGCCAAUAUCCACCAGUACCACAGUUGUUUAAUGAUACAAGUGGGGGAUUUGUUCCACCGUAUCCGCAGAAUCCAGGUAUGGGAUCUGGUGGUUGGGAUUCAAGUUAUCCUCCUCAGCCAGCAUUUCCUGGUCAGCAACUUCUAUCAGAUCCAAUGGCUACCAUGGCAAUGCAAUAUGGUCAGACUAUAGCCGAUCAAGGUAAACAGAUUGUGGAAGAAAAGCUGGAAAAAUAUGUGUCUAUUUCAAAAGUGAAAUACUACUUUGCUGUGGAUACAAAAUAUGUUAUGAAGAAACUUGGAUUACUGUUUUUCCCAUUUACCCAUAAAGAAUGGGCUGUUCACUUUAAUAACCAAAAUGAACCUGUAGCUCCAAGAUAUGAUGUCAAUGCUCCUGAUUUGUAUAUUCCAACAAUGGCUUUUGUAACCUAUAUUUUAACUGCUGGAUACAUACUUGGAUCUCAAAAUAGAUUCAGCCCUGAGCAGUUAGGAAUGCAAGCUAGUUCUGCAUUAGGAUGGUCUGUCUUAGAAAUUGGUGUUUUAUUUAUUGCUCUUUAUUUGUCAAGUGCUUCAUCUUCUAUUCGAAUGUUUGAUUUGAUAGCAUUUUGCUCCUACAAAUAUGUUUGCAUGGUUGCAGUGUUAGUUUCUUGCAUAAUGUUUCAGACUUUGGGCUUUUAUGCAGCAUUCGGAUACUUGACUUUAUCUCUCGGAUUCUUUUUGAUUCGAUCCCUGAGAGUCCUUGUCCUGCCAAAAACCACAUCUGACCAUUAUUCUGCCAAUAGUCGACAAAACUCUUAUUUGUUAUUAGGGAUUUCUAUUGCACAACCGAUUUUAAUGUAUAUAUUAACAAAACAUUUAGUUUUUAAUCAGAAAAUAAAUGAAUUAAAAAGUUAAUUGUAUGUUUAUUUCAUUAAAAAUUA